CAGAAAAAGACAAGACAAGCAGCAGGGGGAGUGGACACAGCCUGGUUUAUUGUUGAUCUCGAAAACCGGUUUGUUCGCGUAGCUUGCGUUUGCAUGAUGAUAAAAUUGUAGAUAAUCGAUGGCAUGUAGACUGCGUAGCCUUGAACCUCGAGCGUGCAAAUCGUUUACAUUCAUGGGGGAUCCGUCACUGUCAACAAUAGAGCCGCGCGGCGCUCGCGUGCUACACCCAAAGCCAAGUUUCGUGUCGGCAUAAACUGACAGAGUCUCACAGUCUUUUCGAUCGUUAUUUUGCAUCCUAUCCAUGGCCAUAGUGUAACGUCCGCUGUGAAUACAUCGUUUGCACGGACGAAGGCGUGCACGAGAUGAGCGAAUGAGGAAAAUUAAUCGAGGUCAGUUGAAAGGGAAUAACAAAGAGAAGCUGCGUUGUCUGCAGUCUCGCGAGCACCCAUUAGCGGAAGCGGCACGCGGCUGUAACGUUCACUGUUUCUGUUUGACAUUCGAACUUCGCAGUUUCGCUCGAGUCGGUUUGGAGUAGAGCCGUUGGUAGCCGACAUUUACCCAUUUUGGAGAAUUCAGUCGAUUUUGUCAACUAAAAAAAUCAACACAUUAUUUUAAAAAUUAGUGUAGAGACAUUGGGUUACACGAAUCGCGUUUGUUAAUCGCUAUUUUCAAAACUGAGCUCGCGCGUCAGGGGAAUUACCGGUUAAACCUGGAGAUGGCCGUUUUAUUUUCACUCAAGACUGAAAAUGACGAUGAAACUUAACGUUAUGUGAAUUUGAAGGGUUUAACUUUGCGACCUGGCUCGACAUUGGGAUUGAAAGUGAUCAUUACAUUUAUCAGCAGGCUACUGCCCUUCCCCUCUCAAUGACCCCUUAAUCUGAAUUGAAUGUAACCCUCAGUUCUCUACAGAAUGGGUGAACUGGAUACAACGGCUCCCGUAUAUUAUCGUCAACAGCAUAUCUUGAUCUGUGCAUGGAUCUUGCGUUACUUUUAUCACAGAGAACUCCCUGUGAUUCUUUCCAACAGUUUGGUUUACAAAAGUAUUGACUUUAUCUGAACUGGAGUUUGGAGAAUAUACACUUGGUUUAAGGUUGAUUCGUUACCAUAUUAUCAUACUCUGGCCUUUUCUGUGGUUGCAUGGAUAGUAUAUAGGGUUUGACCCAAAAGCUCACUCCACUGAGUGGAGAAAUGUCUGAAAAUAUCACAGACAACAUGGUCAAGUUUCUGUCCCCCCCUCCAAAGAACGUUAACGGCUCCAGCUCAGACUCGCUGGUGGGCGAGCGUCUAGGUGUGGAGGUCCGACGCCGGCACCACACCAUGGAGAGGGACCUGCUGAGGGCAGAGCAUCGAUUCUUUCGUCGCAGUGUUAUCAACGACUCCAAUGCCACGGCCCUGGAGCUGCCCAGCAAGAACUGUAUCCUAGCCACCUCAGCAGACUGCCCUGCUCCUGUAUCUGAACCUCCUACCCUGGAAAUCAAAGUCACACCACCUGUACUCUCUGGGGAGAUGGUUGCAUCAGUAAAGAACAUCAUUGAUGGAGAAGGAGAUGGUGUCAGGGUCGAGGCAGCAAUAGAGUCACAGCCAGUGUUGAUUGGUUCCACCGGACAUGCCGAGUUGAUUCUUUCUGCAGAACCGCCAUGUUUGGCUGCUUCACCAAUUUCUGGAGAUACCAUUGAUGCAAAAUCCCAAGAUGAGAAGGAUGAAGAAGAUAAAGAGAAGGCAAAAGCCAAGGCUGAGCUGCGAGAAGCUGAGAAGAAGGAGCAGGAGGACAUUGAGGAAGUGGAGACAAAGGCAGUCGGGACGUCACCAGAUGGGCGCUUUUUAAAGUUUGACAUUGAGAUUGGACGUGGCUCUUUCAAGACCGUCUACAAGGGCCUGGAUACCGAAACUACUGUGGAGGUGGCAUGGUGUGAGUUACAGGACCGCAAGUUGUCCAAGACAGAACGGCAGCGUUUCAAGGAGGAAGCCGGAAUGCUGAAGGGCCUUCAACAUCCAAACAUAGUUCGGUUUUAUGACUCUUGGGAGUCGUCAUCCUUGAAAGGGAGGAAGUGUAUUGUCCUGGUGACUGAACUCAUGACAUCUGGAACGCUCAAGACGUAUCUGAAACGGUUCAAGGAGAUGAAGAUCAAAGUUUUGCGCAGCUGGUGCAGACAGAUUCUGAAGGGUCUGCACUUUCUCCACACCAGGUCGCCCCCCAUCAUUCACCGGGAUCUCAAGUGUGACAAUAUCUUCAUCACCGGCCCCACCGGAUCAGUCAAGAUCGGAGAUCUGGGUCUGGCUACCCUCAAGAGGACUUCCUUUGCCAAAAGUGUCAUAGGUACUCCUGAAUUCAUGGCGCCUGAGAUGUAUGAGGAGAAGUAUGACGAGUCAGUGGAUGUAUAUGCCUUUGGGAUGUGUAUGCUGGAGAUGGCUACUUCUGAGUACCCGUACUCCGAGUGUCAAAAUGCGGCUCAGAUCUAUCGCAGAGUCACUAGCGGGGUGAAGCCAGGCAGCUUCGACAAGGUGGCGAUUCCUGAAGUAAAGGAGAUCAUCGAGGGUUGUAUACGUCAGAUUAAAGAUGAGAGGUAUUGCAUCAAGGACCUCCUAAGCCAUGCCUUUUUCCAGGAAGAGACGGGGGUUCGUGUUGAACUUGCUGAGGAGGACGAUGGAGAGCUGGUGGCUAUAAAGUUACUGCUGCGCAUUGAAGACGUAAAGAAACUUAAAGGGAAAUACAAGGAGAAUGAGGCCAUUGAGUUUUCCUUUGACUUGAAUAAAGAUGUCCCAGAGGAUGUUGCCCAAGAAAUGGUUGAGUCUGGCUAUGUUUGCGAGGGGGACCACAAGACCAUUGCAAAGGCCAUAAAGGACAGAGUAUCCCUGAUCUCCCGAAAGCGAGAGCAGAGAAAACUUGUAAGGGAAGAGCAGGAAAAGAGGAAGUUGGAGCAAGAGAGCGAAAUCCAGGCUCAGAAUGGGACACAACCGCCUGGAGUUCACAUUCAGACCAUUGCUAAACCCCCUGGGCCUGCCCUGGCUCCAGUUAUUUCCGAGUCUGAUGAACAUGAGGCUGACCAACACCAGCAGCCGGGAGCCUCAGCUUCUACUAUGGGGUUUGUGGACACCCAAGGGCCUAUAAUUGUUCCCGAUCCUCAUACUGUUCAGUCAGGCACAUCUUUCAGCUCUGUACAGCCUGACCCACAGCUGCCCACACAGCACACCAUGACUCAUCCACAAACCACCCCCCCAGUGCAGGCCCCUCUGCAGCAGUCUAGCGGUACUUUGACCCCAGGCUCUAUCCCUCAGCCUGUAACUGCAGCUUCACCACAGGUCAUGGGUCAGCCAACCACUCUGAACCCUGCCGUUCAGCCUGUUGUCCCCCUGCAGUACCAUCAGCCAACUCAGGAUGGCAGCACUGCACCUCAGACUGUCACUUUACCCCAGGCUCUGCAAGGCCCUCAAGUGUUACAGGCAUCUCCGAGUGUGUCACAGCCAGCGGAGCAGCCACAACCUCAAACAACUCUUGUUCCAGCCUCCACAGAGAGCGGUCAUUCUGAUCCUGCAUCUGGUCUGAGUGAUGGAAAUGAAGGCAGACAUGAGGGGCGUUCUAUGAAACGACCACAACGCCGCUCCGUGCGCAGUCGCUCACGCCACGAUAAAAUGGGCAAAGCCAAACUCAAUGUCCUGGAAAUUUCUAAUAAAGGUGACCGAGUGGCUGAAUGUCAGCUAGAAACCCACAAUAGGAAGAUGGUGACAUUCAAGUUCGAUUUAGAUGGAGAUAAUCCUGUAGAAAUUGCUGAAAUUAUGGUUCAAAGUGAUUUUAUCUUGGAAACUGAGAGGGAGUCCUUCAUUAAGCAGAUUGGUGAGGUCAUUCAGAAGGCAGAUCGUGAAGCUCCAAAAAACAGCCAACAUCAGGUGAUAAGUAAUUUGGGCCAACAAAUACCUCAAAUUUCAACAUCCAAUAUCCCUACAGGUAUUCCGCCUAGCGUAGCAGCACAAGUUGUUCACUCAGCAGGUCGGCGCUUUAUAGUAAGCCCAGUGCCUGAAGCUCGCCUCCGGGAUCCAUUCUAUGGCCCACCUUCAGCCAACACAUCAUUUGAAGACUCCGCACCAGUGUCCGAUUCCACCUCAGUCAGCAGUGUUCAGCAGGACCAAGCCAACUUGGUCCCUGGUUCUACCCAAAUUUCUGCCACUGGAGGUUUUGCUUCAGAGACCAGUAAUCCUCCUGAAUCUCAGUCAUCACACCAAAUCCCUGUUCAAUCUCUGCCAGCCGUCACCACUCAAGUUCCUACACCUCCAUCCACUCAACAAACCAGAACAGGACGGGCUUCGCCUUCCCCAGCUCCAGCUGAGUUACCAGUCCAGCGUCGAAUGUCACUUCCAACCCCUACUGCAUCUUACCAGAUUCAACAAACAAUAGGUCAGCAGGUUGAUAGUGGUAGCUUACUGGUCCCAUCUGGUGGAGAACAACCUCUACCCAGCAUCCAGCAGGUGCAAAUCCCCUCUUCUGUCCCUCUUGUGACGGGAGAAUGCGAGAGCGACUCCCAAGGGAAGCCACCUGGAAUCGAAGACAUUCAUGCUCUGGAUCAAAAGCUACGUUCCCUUUUCAAGGACACUUCCCAGAGCUCCUCCAAUCAGGCUGAAGGAUCUGGAGAGACAUGCUCACCACCCAACACUAUCAGUAAUGCUCAUGGCUUAGCUGCUGGUUUGUCUCUCAGUUCCAGUGGAAACUUUGCAGCUGGUGCUUUUGCCUCUGUUGUACAGGCAGGAACCCCAACAAGCUUUGCCCAGACACCAUCUGCAGAGCCAUCCCCACAAAGACAACAGACCUCUGUGGAUGUAAUUCAACUUGAUGGAAUUACCAACCCUGAUGAAAUGUCCAAACCUCAUGGAAUAACCAACCCUGGUGGAAUUACUAAACCUGAUGGAAUGUCGAAUCCUGAUGGAAUGUCGAAUCCUGAUGGAAUAACCAAUCCUGAUGGUAUAACCAAUCCUGAUGGUAUAACCAACCCUGAUGCAAUAACCAAACCUGAUGGAAUGACCACUGUUGGAAUGACCAAACCUGAUGUAAUGACCAAACCCGAUGGAAUCACCAACCCUGAUGAAAAGCAGCCAGUGACGACAUUACCAGACAACGGGUUCAAACUUGGACGAUUUCAGGUGUCUGUGACCAGCGUUCAGGACCCAAGCAGUGCUCCAGAUCCACCAGUCGUAAAUUCAUCUUCCUCCAUCACUCCCACUUCAACAUCGUCUUCCUCCUCUUCAUCACCAUCAUCUCUCUCUAGCCCUGAAAACACUGUUCAUAAAUCUCAGACCUUGCCAAGGCCAAGCUAUGAAUCCAUUCCAAGUACCACUACAGUAGGUCGUUUUCAGGUGACCUCCAGCACUGACAUCAAAGUAGGCCGCUUUUCGGUGACCACAGCAGAAGCGAAGGUUUCCAGUGUAAGCUCUGCUGAGGGUCUGGACACCACUAAAGAGUUUAAGAUGACCCCUUCCAGCACAUCCAUCACCAAUCACUACCUCAGCAGCGAUAACGACUCUGAACCAGAGACUGAGGGCUUGAAACGAGAAAUGAACAGACUCAGGGAAAGACACUUGGCUGAGAUCCAGACAUUGCAGAAUAAACAGAAAAAAGAGAUUGAAGAACUCUAUAAGCGUCUGGGCAAAACUCCACCCUCUGUAGUGGUUCCUCCUACCAUAGCCAUGGUAGGAGGCAGGCGGAGACCUACUAAGGGCAAGGGGAGCAAAUCAAGCCGUACCAAUGGCACUCAGGCCAGUUCUCUUCAACAAGGGAACAAAGCAAGCAUACAGAGUGGUCAAAGUUCAGUUAACCAGUCAUCCACUGGGAACAAAUCUUCUGAAACUUCUGUUCCAAGCUCAGAUGUUCAUGAUCAAGGCAACACGAGCCCAGUCAGAACAGAGAACGGACAGAUCCAUGACCAGGACCAAGCACCUGCUGCUAAUCUGCCACGCAAGGGCACAUUUACAGAUGACCUCCAUCUGCUGGUUGAUAACUGGGCCAGGGACGCCAAGAACAUGAUGCCACAGGUGAAAAAAAAAAACGAACAAGCCCAUGAUAUGCCACGCAAAUUCUCAGCACCGGGUCAUCUCUGUCCUGUGGGUGGCCACAUGCCAGCCAUCACCAACCCUGUAAACGGACAAAAGGGUCCAUUAUGUCUGAACAAUCCUCAGUACAGCUUCACCUGCCCCAACUACAGCUCACAACAGUGGCCUCAGGUGGGUCCGCUGACAUCCACAACCCCAAAUGCUGGACUGCAGCAGGGCGUCCUUAUUCCCUCAGGAACCCACAAAUCUGGAAACACCUGCGGGUCGACCAACCUACGGACCACACAGGCCAGCUGAACCCGGUGUAGGAGGGAUUGGUACAAUGAAAGCUGUAGCUCAUUAGGGGGUGAUCUCUAAAGGACUGGUCCUGAUUUAUCUGACAGUUUACAUGGACUGUAUAAUGUGACAAGAAUCUGACCAAACCAGCUAUUUGAUAGCAACGAUGAUGGAAUGGGUUGGAUAGUCGAAUGUGUACAUUUAUACAAGGGAUGGAAAAUUUAGACCGUUUAAGUUCUCUUUUUGGUUAUACAUCAGAAUUAUAGCCUUAUUCCAUUUGGUUGAAUUACCAUCCUUGUUGUAUUAAAUAAAAGUCAGUGAAUUACAGUGAUGGCACAAAAUAUAUCAAGCUAGGCGUUUGCAGUUUACCUAAAACAAGACUUUUGUUCGUGAACGAAUGGAUAGAAAGAGUUUAUGUAGAUGCUGACGGUGUAUCAUAGAUAAAAGCUUAGAAUGUUGAGAAGAUGGAUGAAGAAUGUAGGAGUUUUAUGGCUUUAUUACAUAGUAAUAACAGCAAGUAUUGGGGGCCUAUUUUUUU